GCUUGGCGAAGAGAGCACAGAUCGAAUUUUAAAACCGAAAAGUCAAGAGCUGAAAACGGAGUGGAGGCAACUGAACCUUAAAAACGGAACUUAAAAAAAGAAAAGGAAUAAAAUACUUUUGCAAGUCAUACAAGUUCAUUCAACCUAACCAAGAAGGAAGAAAUAUUUUACUUCGUCGAAAAUUUAACCUAGAAAUUCAAAGUCAAAAUGGCGCUAUCUACACUUCUUUCGCUGGUGGACGAACUCCAAGAGCCACGCAGCCCCAUUUACGAGUUUGGAUUGGGAGUGCAUCCGCAUUCCAGCUUGCUCAUGCCACAUGGUAACCAGCAUCGCCGCUCGAUCAACGGAUGUCCUUGCGCCUCGCCCAUUUGUCCCUCGUCGCCCGCCGGCCAGGUGAUGGCCCUGCGUCGCGAGAUGUCCAAGCACAACGACAUCCACUGGCCAGCCACCACCCAGGUGGGCAAGGAUGGGUUCCAGGUGUGCAUGGACGUGGCCCAGUUCAAGCCGAGUGAACUCAACGUCAAGGUGGUGGACAACUCGAUUUUGGUUGAGGGCAAACACGAGGAGCGUCAGGAUGACCAUGGCCAUAUCAUGCGCCACUUUGUCCGGCGCUACAAAGUUCCCGAGGGCUACAAGCCUGAGCAGGUGGUCUCCCAGCUAUCAUCCGAUGGCGUCCUGACCGUCAGCAUUCCCAAACCGCAGGCUAUCGAGGAUAAGUCUAAGGAGCGCGUCAUCCAGAUCCAGCAAGUGGGACCCGCUCAUCUCAAUGUCAAGCCGAAUUCUAGCGAGCUAAAGGGCAAGGAGAAUGGAGCAGCAAAGGAGAAUGGAGCCGCCACCAAGUAGAAUACUUUCUCUUUUAUAUUGUACUCCCCAACUCAUCUCUCAUUCCCUCACAUGUAUGUUCCUUAUUUAUUGCAUUGCUUUUGUAAAGAGCUAAAGACUUGAAGAAUAACUUAUUAAAUCAUUUGUUCACCUGGUGUGGAAAAUAUAAA